AUGUCCGGACCACCUGGCAAGAAACCGGCUACUGCACAUGCUUUCACGUUUCCUCCGUUUCCUACCGUACCACCGGACGCGGUUAUUACCUCCUUUAAGGAUUUCAAGGAGCGUGGUAUAUGCAAAGGCGCAGUGUCCGGGAAAGAAGUGGACACAUUGGGUAUAUUCACGAUAGGUCUGUUAGUACAGCACUCUACGGACAGAUGCAAGACAGAUGCCACGCCUGCCAUUUUGAAUCAUCUUGGUCCCGCAAAGUCAUCUGCAAAUGCCUCUCGAGGUUCUGGCUCGAAGAAAAGAGAGUGGUGGGAGGAAUGGGAAGACUUUGACGAAUCUGCGAGGUUGCUUGAUUAUAAUCCAACGAUCCCCAGGUUGGAACGUUUCCAAAAAGCGGUUCAGGAUUUCAACAAGAAUCGAGCCUGGCCUUCGAAUCAUUUAGGCGUACGCACGCUAUGGGAUCAGUUCCAGACUUACAUCGGACAACUCGAUUCCACUCAAAGUCGCACCACAAAGAAAGAUGAAGGAGAGGAGGAUGACUUCGAUGAAGACCAUCCUGAUGACAAUGCUUGCGUACCUCCUCACCAACCAUCGGCAGCAGGUGCAAAUCACGGUGAUAUCGAAGAAAGCUACAGCGGUACGAUUGAUAAGACGUUGGUAUUCUUGAAAAAUCCAGACAAAUCAGUUCGGAUCUUCCUCUCCAGUCAUUUGCGAAAGCAAGGGCUACAUUUUACCGAACGCUAUCUUUUUAUUCUCCCUAAACUGCUUUCUGCCUUUUUCAACUACCUCCUUCGAAAUCGAGUCUUUGCUGACAAGAAAGGUGACGAUGCAUUCCGAGAAGCGCAGAAAACCGUCGAGGUCGCUCUGAUUGAACUACCACUCACAUCCAAGCUGGCUAGGAUUCUUCCGGACGAUUUCAACGGCACUCUCACAGUGUUUUAUCGGAUCCGAAAGGAGAGAGAUUUUGGGCCGGUUACCACAAAUGACGUUGAAGACAUACAAAGAAUGGCUGAAGAGUCUGCAUCCAAUCCGGACGAAACGAACCCAAACGGAUUCCCAACACCUACGGGCGAUACGGGCGCUGGCACUUCAUGGAGCCAUCCUCCCAUCGAUACCAAGUCCCUCAACGGCUGGGAGGAUUGCGAAGCCGACACCUGGGGUUCUGACCAUGUACAGGCUGAUAACGACUCAGUAGAGUGGACUCUUCCUCCCCCGCGUACCCUCUUUCCACUCCUUGGUCCGACUACUCUUCCCAUGACUCACCAGACCGGGAUUGUCGAAUGGAGCGUUAGGAAGGUUAAGGGUAUUACUGCCCCUCCAGCCAUGCAGCAGAAAUUGACAGCGAAUCCAUUCACGUCUUGCGACGCCUAUGGGGAUCCCCUUGCCGUUGAAGCAGAGCUUACGAGCAGAUUCUACAAAGUCGAAUUGGAGCCGUGGUUAGGGUGGGAUGACGGAUCUCAGGAGCCCGAGGGCGUCCUUCCGAGAAUCUUGGAGGCCUCCACAGGCGUUGUUGUCAUCCAAGAGAAAGUUGUCUUUGAGCAACAGUCGAAAGAGAACGUUGGUGUGGAACUCGGUCAAGAACAGGAAAAGGUCAAGCUCGUUUACUCUCCCACGUCAGGAAUAAAACCAUUCAAACCCGCCACCGACUCUAUCUCAAUUGUUGUCUUGCCAUCCAUUGGUGAGCAGCUGCGCGUCGGUAUGGGUCUCGGUGGCACAUGGGUUCAAUUGUUGAGACGUGGCGAUCUUGUUGGUGAUGGUGUUCAGCAAGGGAAGAAGGGGAAGGGCAAAACUGUUGGGCAGCGAUAUUGGUACAUGGACGAGUUGACGAUUACUUUGACGAGUUAUCAUACGGUCUAG